CCGCCCUCCUGCGGCCGGGGUGCGGCGGCGCAGCUCGCAAACCCGGCGGCGUGCGGGGAUGGCUGCCGUAGCGGCGAGUGCGGGCCGCCUGUGGAGGCUGCGUGCGGCCAGGGCCGAGGGACACUGGCGUCGGCUGUGUGGUGCGGGGCUGCUGCGGGGCUUCCUGCAGCCCACCUCGGCCGGCGGGGACGCGGCCCCGAGGCGGCAGGUGGCUCACUUCACCUUCCAGCCCGACCCGGAGCCCCAGGAGUACGGACAAACUCAGAAAAUGAACCUUUUCCAGGCAAUAACAAGUGCUUUGGAUAACUCAUUGGCCAAAGAUCCUACUGCAGUAAUAUUUGGUGAAGAUGUUGCCUUUGGUGGAGUCUUUAGAUGUACCGUUGGCUUGCGAGACAAGUAUGGAAAAGAUAGAGUUUUUAAUACCCCAUUGUGUGAACAAGGAAUUGUUGGAUUUGGGAUUGGAAUUGCAGUCACUGGUGCUACUGCCAUUGCAGAAAUUCAGUUUGCAGAUUAUAUUUACCCAGCUUUUGAUCAGAUUGUUAAUGAAGCCGCCAAGUAUCGAUAUCGCUCUGGGGAUCUUUUUAAUUGUGGAAGCCUCACCAUCCGUUCCCCUUGGGGCUGUGUUGGCCAUGGGGCUCUCUACCAUUCUCAGAGUCCUGAAGCUUUUUUUGCCCACUGCCCAGGAAUUAAGGUGGUUGUACCCAGAAGCCCUUUCCAGGCCAAGGGACUUCUUUUGUCAUGCAUAGAGGAUAAAAAUCCUUGUAUAUUUUUUGAACCUAAAAUACUUUACAGGGCAGCAGUGGAACAGGUUCCUGUGGAACCAUACAACAUCCCCCUGUCCCAGGCCGAGGUCAUACAGGAAGGGAGUGAUGUUACUCUAGUUGCCUGGGGCACUCAGGUUCAUGUGAUCCGAGAGGUGGCUUCCAUGGCUCAAGAAAAGCUUGGAGUGUCUUGUGAAGUCAUUGAUCUGAGGACUAUACUACCUUGGGAUGUGGAUACAGUUUGCAAGGUUGUGGCUGAGUACUGAAGCAGGUAGAAUCGGAUUCUCAGUAGCUGAGGUGGUUGCUGUAAAACCCACAUAUAAAAGUACACAAACACAAAUUCUGUAGGAGUGUCUACGAGGCCCUUAAUCAUAUCUCUUCAACUUUUGCUUUGCAUAGAAUUCUAACAAACUUCUUUACUUAGUGCCAUAUCUCACAUUAUUAGAUUUAGAAGCAACACUUUAGAAGAUGGGGAAAAGUUAUGUUGACAGAGAUAAGGAUAUUGGUAAUACUAAAGCUGAUACAUUGAUAGCCUGAGAAAAAGGCACUCUAUGAGAAAAGAAAAACAAUAAAAAGUGCAUAAGAAUAUUUUUUAAAAAAUCACAGCAGUUUUUAGCCAUUUAAUGUAGAAACAAGGUAGACAUCUACCUUGAUCCCAUCUAUAAUAAUAAAAGCAUAAUAUGCUAAUUAGACUGGACAGCUGAAUGACAUUCUGGACGUCCUUCCUGAGGAAACCUUGGCGGCGGGGGCCGAGGCAGAGGCAGUUAGGGGUGAUCAGGCAGGCAGGCGAGCAGUUAGGGAUGAUUGGGCAGGUAGGCAGAGGGGUUAGGGACGAUCAGGCAGUCAGGCAAGUCGUUAGGGAUGAUCAGGCAGGCAGGGGCAGUUAGGGGCAAUCAGGCAGGCAGGUGAGUGGUUAGGGGCGAUCAGGCAGGCAGGCAGGGGCAGUUAGGGGCAA